AUGCCAUCUCCUGUUUCAACAGACCCUCGGAUUUUGCGGUUUCCUAGAUCCGACGAGACUGGGUCUUUUGUACUUGUCCAUGUUUCAUGUACCGGCCCUGCACCGCUUGAUCUAAGCUUAACGGCCACCGAGGGUGAAUCGCCCUAUGUUAGCAUCGUGAAACAAACAAGCCUGAAAGACCUUCAAGCAAAGAAUUACCAAGGAUCGAAUGAUGAAUGGGUUAAAAUUGUGUCUCUCAUUUUGGGACAAUGUUCUGCCCCUCCUGAUGAGCCAGAUUGGGCCACCGGUCUUGAAACUUCGGCCAGUAUAUCGGGUUCUGAUGAAGAAAACAAGGAAAUUGUGAUCACGAUACGGAAGCGAGUGCAGACUAUCACACAACGCCUGGGUGCUUUUACCCUCAAGCAAGACGAUGAACAAGCUGUCGAGCUUUUUGAAUGGACAGGAAUCACUGCAGCCAGAGCUCACAUGCUAGAGGAACAAGUUUCCAGCCUGACCGGCCGUUAUCGCCUUGCCGAAGACACUAUACAUAGGUUGAAUGAACAGCUUGAGGAGCUGAUGCAUGCGAAAACCGAACAUGAGAAUCGACUGGUGGCCAAUUUUGUGCAGGUCUUGAACGAGAAAAAGCUCAAAAUCCGCAACCAACAACGUCUUCUGGCAUCAGCUACUGUGGAUGCUACUAAAGUCUCCGAGAUACAAGCUAGCAUUCCCGAGGAGUCACACGGAACUGCUGGGAAAUUCCAUUCGGCAAAGAGAAGUGCUCGGAAGAUGAGCGACACAGAUGACUCGGAUGGGUUCGAACAAAUGGACGUUGAUCCAAUAAAGACUGAUCGAGGUACCUUUAAUAAUCAAGACACCGAUGACGAAGAGCCUUCGACCCAUCCUUUGGACGACGAACAAAACAAUAGCACGACGGACGACGAUUCGUCACAGGAUGAAUCUGCCCAGCUGAAGCGAGUCUCCCCAGCGAAAGAUACCGCGCCGCCUCAAAGAGAUUUGCCAUUUGUUAAAAGGAGCGGUGGGCCUAUCAAGAGGACUGCUCCAACCCAGCCCAUCGAAGACGCUGAAGAAACUGCGGGAGAGACGGAUGAUGAUGAUGAUGAUGAUGAUGAUGAUGAUGAUGAUGACGAGCUCUAA